AAAUACCAAAUGAACUGGUUGGGCGCACGUAGAGGUGACGUAAUGGGCAUCUCCCCGGAUGCGGCUGUGAUUGACUGUUCGAGGCAGAAAGAGCUCGAAAGCUAAGUGGCGGUGCUGCAGCCCCCGCGGUCCUAAGGUAGGAUGCAGACCAUCAAGUGCGUGGUUGUGGGCGACGGGGCGGUCGGUAAAACCUGCCUGCUCAUCUCUUAUACCACCAACGCCUUCCCGGAGGAGUACAUCCCCACCGUGUUCGAUAACUACAGUGCCCAGAUGAGUGUGGACGGGCGCACGGUCAGCCUUAACCUCUGGGACACUGCCGGCCAGGAGGAGUACGACCGCCUGCGCACCCUCUCCUAUCCGCAGACCAACGUCUUCAUCAUCUGCUUCUCCAUCGGCAGCCCCUCCUCCCACGCCAACGUCCGGCACAAGUGGCACCCGGAGGUGUCCCACCACUGCCCCAAUGUGCCCAUCCUACUGGUGGGCACCAAGAGAGACCUGCGGGGUGACACAGAGACGCUGAAGAAGCUGAAGGAGCAGGGCCUGGCCCCCACCACGCAGCACCAGGGCAACGCACUCGCCAAGCAGAUCGGCGCCGUCAAGUACAUGGAGUGCUCCGCGCUGCUUCAGGAGGGCGUGCGGGAGGUGUUCGCCGAGGCCGUGCGGGCCGUGUUGUAUCCCGUCACGAAAAAGAAUACCAAGAAGUGCGUGUUGUUGUAAUUGUGCUCGGACGCCCGGACUUGGUACUGUGUGUUAACGUUGGAUGCCGGGGAGAACAAAAAGUUGCAGUUGCAAGCGGAAGACGGACGGAGGGAGGGAGGGGUGGGUGGGUGGUCAUCUGGCUUCCUCUGGCCCACCUCAACAAGCAUAGACUUUUGAUUUGCAGCCUUUUGCGCUGCUCCUCUUCCUCGUUCAUCUCCCAGAGGAUCUCAUUCCAUUGCCGUCGUCAUCACCAAAGGGACUAUGCCAGAACGGGGUUGUUGGGGCUACAGAGUAGAUCUCCUCUCUUCCGUGGAGUUUUGUAUUUUAGAUAUGCUUAUUGACACCUUUUUAUUCCGGUUUUGCAGCUGAUCUAGAUUUAAUAUUGCUGUGCCCUAUAAAAUCUCAUACUGGUCGAAUUUUGUCUCGAGCCAUAAUGGUAAGCACAAAAAAAAUAACAAGACCUGCCUUCAUAUUCCCUGGUAGAGUUGAUAAUGUCUACCUCAUACUCAAACCAUUUGGUGCAUCUCAAACUCUUAAGCCUUUCACCGCCUAGAUUCUGGUGGUUAUUAAAAAAACAAAAACAAGAAUUGAUUGAUCUAACAACCACUGAUUUUAAUCCGUUGAUUGCAUAACAGAUUUCCUUGUGCCCCUCUUAAAUUGCAAGCCCCCCCUCAUCCAUAAUCUCUUGGGGGUUGGUGCUGUGCUGACAGUGGGGUGUCUGGGCUUUCUGAGGACGAGCCCUACCAUCUGCUGACCCAGAGAUGGAGGUAGAGCCAGAUAACCUUUCUGAGUGAAGCAGAACCCUAGAACCAACGGUUUGCCUGUGCCACUGUAUAAGCCAUGCAGGUCUGACAAAUUAAUCACUAGUGGAGUUCAAUUCUCUCUGCUUUAUUUUCAUACAGAAACACUUCCGGAAUUUCCAAUCCGGUCAGAUUUGUCUUUUUUUUUUUUCUACUUUUUUUUUUUUGCCCUUUUUGAAGGGCUAUUAAAACCACUCCCUUGUUCAGGAUUGGGUGAAGUGACUGUUUUGGCAAAUUAUAUGGAAACGCCUCUGAUCUAUAUCGAUUAAAUGCCCACCCCACUACGGUCACAGCCAAAGUUACAAAUCGUUAUAACAUACCUUUGUAUUGAGUGAAGAAUGCUUGUGUUUUGUAAUUAACACUCGAUGGAACUGACCCAUUUUCCAGUGGCAGUUGGAUUAUUGCCUUGCAUAUUUCGAAAAUCUGUAUUUUUUUAAAUAACCCCAUGUAUGUUUAUUUUUAUAUUGCUUGUAUUGCCAACAUUGGCCUCAACCAGCUUGUGCCAGGCGAAAGCCGGUGUAGUCGGAUAAACAUAUUUUUGAUCUCAGAGAAAGCAUUGUCAUAAUUGCCUUUGCUGUUUGUGGACGUUUCUUACAUCCGGCAUUCGGCUAUGACCUAUACAGGGCCUUUUGUAUCUAAUCAGGUGUCUUAUCAAACCAAAGACUAGCAGUGUUUCUCUCUGUGACCCCAUUUUUUUAGGCCAUUUGUUUUCAUUUUCGUUUUUUCUUCUCUCACGGCACAGAGUGACACAACAGCAAUAUGCAAAUGAGAGCAUGAUCCAAGUCAGAAGAACGGGUUGAUGAGUUUUAUUUCCUGCCGCCAAAGCCACCGCUCUCACCUCAAUGUGUGACAACGGGUGCGAAGUCGUCGAGGCUUCAGGGGAAAUGGAAAGCCUUCUGCUCAGAGCGAGCUCUCUGUCGGAUGUACACGAGUGGAGAUAAGCCAAGUCUUUGAAGCAUCACAGUACCUUAACUGACAACUAUCAACACGUUAGGCCGGCUUUUAUUGGAAAGGGCCUGCCCUACCAAGUGUCAUUCUAUUCUAUACUUUUUUUGAAAAUGCUUUUUAAAAAGGAAUCAAAUAACCGGUUGCUUGUCGCUACCCACAUUUAUUGGUAAUAACUGUAAGCCUUUUUAUUGUAUCGGUUUCCAGUUUUUAUAUGAAAGUCGACACCGUGGCCUUGGUACCCUGUACUCCGUAUCAUUGGGAGGCCGUAAGACGAGUUGGGGGGGAUGGUAUCAUUGAGCAGCAGUGAAGGGGGGUUUGUCCGUGGAGAAAUUAGUCUAUAUUGUACACCAUAACGGGUAGACUGCAGAGAAGGGUCAAUAUAAUUUCAAGCGUCCAACCGGCACGGCUGCAUUUGGGGCCGUGGCCCAGUUUGUCACUCAACGAUGUGGUGGAUCACACACCUAGUGGGGGUUUUCUUUCUCUUUGGCCCGGAGCUGUUUGUACGCUUCCGUGUGCGUGGUACUACACUUUUACACUGGGAACUUGAUCUUGUAGAAAUCUUUUUGUAAUUGUUUUAUAUAUAACUAAAGCAUAUUUGUAUAAAUGAACUAACAGUGAGAUGAUUUUAAAUUAUGCCAAAUAAAAAUGGUAGUUAAACCCA